AUGAUGAAACUCUUUAUAAGUAGUCAUGUUACAAAUGUAAGAGAUAUCUCUAUCUCUGAUAUCUAUCAUAUCAAAAUCAGGUACAGAAAUGGGGGAACAAGGAUUAAGGAAAAUGUCUACGGGGAAGAGCUUCUUGACUACGAGGAGGAGGACGAGAAAGCCACUGAUUCCGCUGCCAUUAAAGUCAACAACGAAGCCAUAAAGAAUUUAUUCAUAUGGUUUUGUAUAGAGGGAACCGAAAAAAUGUUGAUUUAUGAAUACAUGCCAAACAAAGGCCUUGAUUCCUUCAUAUUUGAUAAAUCUCAAAGCGAACUCCUUGAUUGGCCUACACGUUACCACAUUAUUAAUGGAAUUGCUCGCGGACUUCUUUAUCUUCACCAUGAUUCCCGGCUUAGAAUCAUACAUAGAGAUCUCAAAGUCAGUAAUAUUUUGCUCGACAUGGAUAUGAACCCGAAGAUAUCAGACUUUGGCAUGGCUAGAACUUUUGGAGGAAAACAGUUAGAAGCAAACACAAACAGAGUGGUUGGAACAUAUGGCUACAUGGCGCCAGAGUAUGCGGGAGAUGGCACCUUUUCGACAAAAUCAGACGUAUAUAGCUUCAGGGUAGUACUGCUGGAAAUUGUUUGUGGGGAAAAGAACAGAGGAUUCAUCCAUAAAAAACACAGUAACAACCUUAUUGGACAUGCAUGGGGACUCCAUAAUGAAGGAAGUUCAUUACAGUUAGUUCCUCAUUGCCUAGGUGAAUCAACCAAUGUGUCUGAGAUCCUACGGUGUAUACAUGUUGGUUUGUUAUGUGUUCAAUGUCAUGCAGUAGAUAGACCGACCAUGACUUCCGUGAUCCUGAUGCUGGGCAGUGAGGGUCCGUUGCCUACACCCAAAGAACCCGGUUUUUACAUUGGAGCAUACAUGCAAGAUACUGCACAAUCUUCAAGCUCGUAUGGAAUGAAUACCAACAAUGAAAUAAGUAUUACAACAUUAGAUGGUAGAUGACGUAAUUGAAACGUGGAACCACAACAAUGUUGUUGAGUAACGUCUUUCAUAUAUGAUCAAUAAUGAUACUAAUGAUACGAAUCUCUUUAUAUUA